AGGAAGUCCAUUUACAUCAUUUCCGGUGACCAUAAUGGUGCACUCCAGUGUUUUCAGCUUCAGAACGACAUGAGAUUUAACAAUCUUCAAAGUAGCUAGUUAUCAUGAACAGCUAUAGGACGGUUACAUUGGCUUGUAAUAAUGAUGUUAUAAGGACAUGUAAAGCGGCAAUUCGCUCAGGGAAAACAGGCAGUAUUUGUCACAUAUCAAGGGGAGUAGCAUCCUUGCUUACGCGAGCACAUGCUUCUGUCCCGAGACGAGAGGAACCACCACCAGUGUCUGACUCUGACAAGAGACCGAAUCUGAGAGCCAUCGACCUUGCACGCAAAAUUCGCCACGAGAAACAGAGAGGAAAUGCAACUGGUGGUGGGUCAGACGCGGCUGUCCUUAAUCCGUCGGUGCCAGUGUCCCAACUGCAAAAGAGGGUCAUCGAGCUGCGACAGUUCACUCAGCAGCUACAGAAUGUUCACCCCAACGUUCUUGCAAAGCACCUUCACAGAGGUCUGAUCCUCCCACAUCCAGAGCUCGCCGUCGUUAAUAAACCCUAUGGAGUUUCUGUUCAAGAUGGGUCAAGCAACAAAAACAACAUCUCAGACGUGCUUCCAAUCCUUGCCAAGAUGGUGGAUGGAAUAAGGGCUGGGUCUCGGCUGCACGUCUGCCUUGGAUUAGACAAGGAGACGACAGGGACCCUCCUGCUGGCAAGGACUGAGGAAGCACUGGACUAUGUACAAAAUCUUCACAAAAACCACCAAGUGGAGAGGAAAUAUUGGGUUGUUGCUGUGGGCGUGCCUGUUCCCUCUGAGGGAGUGAUUGACAUUCCCGUCAUAGAGAGAGAGGUCACAGGAGCUCAGCCUCACUUCAAGAUGGGCCUGAGUCCUGUGUACAGGGUGAGUGACGGGGGCGAGGGAGUGACCAAAGUGCGGGCCAAUCGGCAGGCCCAGGGUGCCGUGACUCAGUACCGUGUCCUGGACAGCAGCAACGGCUGCAGCCUGGUUGAGCUCCAGCCUAUCACAGGGGUGAAGCACCAGUUGAGGGUCCAUAUGGCAUACGCUCUGGGAUCUCCUAUCCUCGGAGACCACAAAUACUCCCACUGGACCAAACUGGCACCUCAGAAACUGCCAGAUGGUGUGUUGCGGAGGCUGGGACUUGAACAGAGCAAGGCGCGCUAUCUGCCUCUCCACCUGCAUGCUCGUCAGCUGACACUGCCAGAGUUCAAAGGUCAGAGUGACAUUACGGUGUCUUGCCCCCUGCCAAAGUAUUUCACCAGCACUUUGCGACGACUGCAGAUCCCGAUUCCAGAUGAAUGAUGCUUCAGCGCAGUGCAGACAGGAUACAGAAGACUUGCUUAUGAAAUAUGGAGCAGCAUCACUUCAAGGGACCCUUGGCCUAAUGGUUUAAGUUUGUACCUGGACUGGGAAUUAACUGUGUGUGUGGCAAAUAAACAAAACCAUUUUUUUCCUAA